CUUAGCUGAUUUCAUAGAACACAAACCAAAAGUAGGAGAUAACAUUUCAUGUAUACCGAGUUGCAAAAAUUCGAAGUAAUGAGUCUUUUAGAAUGGUAAAGAAAAAUCAGAAGUUAUGUUGAAAACUUACAAUAAGAGAUCACAUCCCUUAGGCCAAUCACCCGCCCCCAAAUUAACAUACGUAUACUCGUUCAGUAAUAAAACAGUAACUUAUGGACCAGCUUCUGAAAGAAUCAAUGGAAAACAAAAGGCCUAUAAAAGAAGCUGCACAGCAUGUUUAUGGAAAGGGCUAGAAAUAGACCAAAGGAAAAGGGACUACCAACGCUUGCAAAACACAGUCACAAAACGGUUGAAAAAUAGUGAGCAAAAAGUGAAGAAUUUAACGUCUGGAAUUAUCAAAGAGUUAGAAGAAGAAAAUUCUAGUUUGAAGGAGAGGUUACAUAAAGUAGAAGAAGAACGAGAUCAAUUGAGAGACUCUUUCUGGGAUUUUGAUCGAAAUUCUGCAAAAAGAGAGGAAACUCCACAUAGUCUAACUGAUAAUCUACACGAAGAAUAUAAGAAUUCCUUGGAAUAUAUUUCAGAACUGAAAAAUGAAGUAGAAAGAAAAGCAGAAGAAGUUGGAAAUCUAAAAUGGAAAAUGAAAAAUUUUGAAGAUGAAUAUGAAUUCAUGGAAGAACAAAUUAAAUGGAAAGAGGAUACUGUAAAAAUGUUACAGAUGAAUCUCUAUCAAGAACAACAAAAAAGUGACAGAUUUAGGAUAACAUGUAUAAAGAAAGCCGAAAAAAAUUGAUGAUUUGGAAAAGAGUCUAGACAAAACAGUAGCAGAGAAAGACUAUUUUAUGCAUGAACUAGAAUCAGUGAAAAAUGGUCUGGCGUUUGCGGAGAUUAGAAAUAAAGAAAAAGAGAUUACGGAGCUGCAGAAGAAUUUACAUUCAAGCCUGGAAGCAUAUUGGGAAAAAGAGGAAGAAUGCAAGAAAGUUGAAAAAGAAAAUAGAAAUUUACGAGAAAAGUUGAAGAAUCUUGAAUUUCAUAUAGAGACUGAAAGGCAAAUGAAACGAAGUACAGAAAACAAUUAUUCAUGUAGAAAGUCCGAAGAGGAUUUUGCAAGGUUGCAUAAUCAACUACACACACUCGAGGUUAAAUAUAAUUUGCUGCUACAAGAAAACAGGAACUUAAAUAUAAAACUACAACCCCUGACGACGAAAGACGCAUAUCAACAAGAGUUCGCCACAGAGACGAAUAGUAUGCUUCAAAACAAAGAACUGCAUGAUCAAAAUAAAAGACUGGAAGAUAAACUAAAAGCAAUGGUUCAAGAAAAAACAGAUCUUGCAUUGAUGCAUUCUACAUCAAUUAAGCGGAAGGACGAGGAAAUUCUAACUACAAAAGAGAAACUAAAGACAGUAGAAAUUGAAAUCGAAUCUCUCAAAUU